AUGCAGGAUGCUUGUGAUUCUGUAACUGUACCGAUCUUGGCUGAUAGUGGCAAAGGAACUGCAUCGUUUUUCAAGACGACUUUCAAUUGCCUAAAUACUCUUCUAGGGAUCGCAGUUCUAUCAGUGCCAUACGCGCUGUCGUGUGGAGGCUGGGCGAGCUUGCUUCUCCUCCUCAUCAUUCCAACUGCAACGUGCUACACAGGCCUAUUGAUCGAGAAAUGUAUGCAAGCCGAUUCCAAUAUAAGAACCUUUCCCGGCAUAGGUGAAAAGGCGUUUGGUGCUAGAGGGAGGCUCGUCGUCUCCAUUUUCAUUAAUCUUGAACUCUACUUGAUUGCCAUAAGCUUCCUAAUACUAGUUGCAGAUAACUUGCACAGUUUGGUACCGAAUCUCCAUGUCAGCGUGCAAGGGUUCGUGAUCAACGGGCAUCAAACAUGUAUCCUGUUAGCUGCAGUUAUAAUCAUGCCUACUGUUUGGAUAGAUAAUCUCACCACUCUAUCAUAUGUAUCUGCUACUGGGAUCGUGGCUACCGUUGUCAUAGCAGGUUCUGUAGUCUGGUCCGGGGCGUUUGAUGGCGUUGGAUUUAAUCAGAAAGGAGUGUUCCUCAACUGGAGUGGGCUACCUACUAGUUUGAGUUUGUACACACUCUGUUACUGUAAUCAUCCAAUCUUCCCUACUCUUUAUACUUCGAUGAGAAACAGAAAACAGUUCAAAUGGGUUUUGGUUGUAUGUUUUGUGAUAACUACGUCUGUUUGCGUAUCAAUGGCUAUUUUGGGAUACCUAAUGUUCGGUUCGCAGCUGAAGUCUCAGAUAACUCUUAAUCUUCCUACAAAUGCAUUGAGUGCUAAAGUAGCAACGUAUACGGCUCUAGUGAACCCUCUAGCUAAAUACGCGCUGUUUCUAAAGCCUAUUGUCGAUGCAGUAGAGAGCCGGCUGCUGUCUGCGCAUGGCAAAAGAAUCGGCAGCGCAUUCACAGGAAGCGCGCUGCUAUGCAGCACUGUCCUUGUGGCCCUAACCAUACCUUACUACGAAAUUUUCAUGUCGUUUAUUGGAGCUUUUACGACGGUUAUAGGGUCGAUAUUGCUGCCGUGUUUGUGCUACCUAAGGAUUUGUGGAGGUUGUGUGGAUCUAGGAUUUGAGUUGGUGGUCAUUAGGUGCACUGUGUUAAUGGGGCUUCUUAUCCUAGUUGUUGGUACUUAUACAUGUUUCAUACAAAUAUUUGAGAUUCUAUACAUUUAG